GAGAGAGAGAGGCAGAAAGAAGGGGGGGGAGAGGUGAACGGGUUUAAAAGGCGGAGAGCGUUUUUACUGCAGUAUCGCUGCUCAGCCGCAUCAGUCACCCCAGGCCUGUUGCACGCGCACUGCUGCGCUGGGGCGCGCGCAUCUUCAUUGGCCUCCACUUCUUUUUUGACGACCCCCCCGGCUUGGUGUCCAUGCAUCGCCCAGCGCGCAGGACACGCUCUUAAUUUACCUGCAGCGGGGAGCUCACCUGAGGCUUGCGCACAGGCGCGCGCCGCGGUACCGCGAGCACACGACAGUUAGGGACCCGUAACGUUAGAGCGGCAUGGCGAAGGACAAGGACAGGAAGACCUGCGGCGAGCUCUGGGACGAGUGGAAGCAGUUCAUGUGGAACCCGAGGACGCACGAGCUCCUGGGGAGGACCGCGAGCAGCUGGGGUCUCAUUCUGCUCUUCUACCUGGCCUUCUACACAUUCCUGGCAGGCCUCUUUGUCCUCACCAUGUACGUCAUGCUGCAGACGCUGGACGACUACAAACCUACACACCAGGACAGGCUGGCCACACCAGGCAUGAUGAUCAGGCCUGAGGGCGACUCGCUGGAGAUCAUCUACAAUGUGGAGAAGACCGAAAGCUGGGACAUGUAUGUCCAGGCCCUGGACAAGUUCCUGGCACCCUACAAUGACACCCACCAGGCCGAGACCAACAAGGAAUGCACCGCUGACCACUACUUCAUACAGGAGGACAGCGGCGAGGUUCGGAACAACCCCAAGCGCUCCUGCCAGUUCAACCGCACUAUCCUGGAGGACUGCUCCGGCAUGAAGGACCGCUACUACGGUUACCAUGACGGCAAGCCCUGCAUUCUCAUCAAGUUCAACAGGGUCAUCGGUCUGUUGCCAGGUAAAGAUAAACAGUCUCCGUACGUGAGCUGUGCUGCUAAGAACGAAGACAGCGACAAGAUCGGGGAGCUCAUGUACUUCCCUCCCAAUGGCACCUUCAACCUCAUGUACUACCCGUACUACGGCAAGAAAGCGCAGGUGAACUACUCCCAGCCCCUGGUGGCUGUCAAGUUCCUGAACAUCACGCCCAACGCCGACGUCAACGUCGAGUGCAAGAUAAACGCCGACAACAUCGGGCCCGGCAGCGAGAGGGACAAGUUCGCUGGACGCGUGUCAUUCAAGCUGCGGAUCAACAGAAACUAAGCAGAAGUUCCUCUCUCUCUCACACAAACACACACACACGCACACGAACACGAACACGCACAUGCCUGCACACACUCUGACACACACCAGCAUCAGCACCCUCUUCUAUCUCUGAUUAUGAUCCGUUCUCAGUCGUUGAGAUGCGGCGCUCGUGUGCCUUGGCGUCUCGGAAUAGAAGCGACUUAGGACAUCCAACUGGAACCCUGGGCGUCUCCAUUUUCCCCAUUUUCUCCAUUUGGCACAUUCUGACCUGUGGCAGAAUGUGACUCCGUCUCCUCCUCCCAGCCCCUCUCCCAGAAAACAAUAAUUGGUGCAGUGCAAAAGCUUGAAUCCUAACUUAGUGUGUUUGGUGAGAGCUGAGGGGGGGGUGCCGUGACCGUGUGUAUUGGGGUGUGUACUUCUGUGUGUCUCCUUCAGGAUGAAUCUUUUUGUAAACCAGUUUGAAGUGUUGUCCAUCUAUAUUGCAUGACUGACUAGGACCUGUGUGUGUGUGUGUGUGUGUGUGUGUGUGUGUGUGUGUGUGUGUGUGUGUAUACAUACAUACACACACAUAACACGCUUUAUAAAUUAGUUUUAAAGGGUUGGCAAAAGCUGUAUGAUCUUGCCUCCAAGCUGCAGCCUUCUCACUCGUUACCUAUAUGUACACAUUGCAUUAUGUGUGUAUUCUGUUAUAUAUCAUACAUAUAUUGCCCCUUUGAUGUUUAUAUGUGUCUUUCAUCAUGCUAGUAAAAGCCUCCUGGUCUCAUGCAUGAAGGCUGGUGAAUCGGGUGCUCGAUAGUGUUAUUGUGUGCUCAGCAACCUCAGUGUGUGGCCUCAGUGAUGCAACAUGCUGACAUCAUCUUUAAAAGAGAACCCAAGGUUCUGAUUGGCUGCCUCGGCUACAGUCAGGUAUUGAGUACCAAGUGAGGUGGCCACAGCCCUCGCUGGGAGGGGGACAUCCAUUCGAGGCAGAUCAAAGCUGUCAUGCUGACAGACCUCACCCCCCAGUGAGAAACCAAAUGCCACGUCCUUAACAGAUAAGCGGCCUCCCAGACCUGUUGUUUAAAAGUGGGGGAAGCUCCACAUCUGGCGUGUUACACGGAAUGGCCGUGCACACGAGAAUUCACACUUGCGCUCAUGCACACGGGGGCAGAUGCUGAACUUGCGUGAGAACAGCUUGAGUUUUGGUGCUACGAUCAGCAGAACGAUGGGCUCUUUCUGGUGACGGACUCCUGUCCGGCUGCUGACUUUAAUACCGCUUGCUGUUCCCUUGGGACCAGUUGCCAUGGUUACGGCUUUGCUGCCGCUCAUGUCUUCUUAAAGAUGAAGCAAAGAGGUUCCUCUGUAUGACUUUCUGCCCAGUCGUGUACAAGCUGGAAAAUGUCGUAUCGUGUUCCCCUGCCGUUCGUUUGACAGCGGUGCUAUGACCUUUCUGUGGUAUUUUGACAAUCCUGCUUGCAAUGUAGACAGGGAGGACAAUAUGCUAUAUUUUUGAGGGUGUUUCGCAUGUUCUCUCCCGUAGAUGUCGUUUAGGAAUUGCAUGCUGAACUGGGCGCUUUGUCACCUUUAGCACUUCAUCCCUUCUCAAAUUUUCCGGACUUCUCCCCGAAGUCCAGAACCCCCAGCGGCUCAGCAGGGGUGAACACAGCACACGCCUCUUCCGAUGUGUGCGAGUUCUCUUCACUGUGUAGCUACCAACUUCAUCGGUCAGUGUGACAGGUUUGAGGAGCCAUUUCCCCACUUCCAUCCUCAGGUCUCUAGGCCCCCCUGUGUAGCUGCCCAUAGUUGCUGCUGUGAGAAGCGAGGCGGGGGGGGGGGGAGGCAAACCCCAAACAUCUCACCCCCAGUGGAGUGGAGACCACGGCAAGGACCCAAUGCUGGGCUCCGUGUUAGAGCUUGUGGGAAUUUACCGACACACGUUUUUACUUUGCCGUGCAAACAGCAGUGUUGUGCUUUUGAGGGUUGGCACAGAAGUUAGAGAUGCGAGGCUAAGAGCACAGAGACGAGACGGGAGGCGCUGAGUGGACGAGGAGGACUCAGCAGGGAUAAGCCCCGCGGCAGCGCGUCCAUCGGGUGCCCGUUUUAGAUCUCAAUCUGUCUCUUUGCAUUUCUCCCUAAUCUCCCAACCUGGUCUUCUAAUCCAGAUCAGUCACUACUGCACCCACCGCCUCCACCUCUUCUCCCUCUAAUCCCCUCUUCUCACUUUAGCUCCUCCCCAUUGCCCUCUGUCUCUGCUCCACACACACACACUGCCCCUGCAGACUCAGGUGGGCAAUGUCCUCAGUCCCCCAGAAAUGCAGCUGUGUUCCCUGAAUCAGUUUGUCCGCUGCUCACCUUAUAUAAGAGCGCGAGAGGGGUUUGAAAGGAGGAAGAUGGUGCCUGGGCCCGUGCCACGUUGGGGUUUGUCGGCUGGGUUUCCGCAGGUCGCGCUGUGACGCAUCCACUCCCUGGUCUACACAACACACAUAGCUUGACUUCGGUAUCGCGUGUUUCACGAAUCACAUUUCCCCUCUUCUAAACAUCCAGGUCUGAGCAUCACUCGCAAAUAUUUACUCAGUUAUGCACAAAUUUGAUUUGUACUUAAUUACCUGGAAUUGUCUUCUAAAGCAAUAUAUAUUUAUAUUUCUUGUGUGGCUGUACAUAUAUUUAUUCUGUAGGUUGGCUACUGCUAUCUGCUCUCUUACAUUGCUGGGUGAAAUGGGAAAAGAAAAAGAAAGAAAGAAAAAGAAAGAUAUCUAAUUUUCUGCCAUUAAGCGAAAGAUUUUUUUUUUUCAACAAGGAUAGAAUUUUUUUAUUGUUAUUUUAUUACAAAAGAGUAGAUAAAGAUUGUAAUUUAAAAGGGAAAACAGAUAGAUAGGUGUGAACCACUGUUGUUCAUAUACUAAUAUAUUUUAAUACUUGAAGGCUAAAUAGUUAAGUCUGAAUGGACACACACUAGUUUUCAUUUUUCUUUUUACUAUUUGUUUGUUGGGUUUUUUUUUUUUUUUUUUUUUUUUUCCACACCUUUAAGAACUUUCUGAGUUUUGCAGUUGUCACAUCCAUGUCUUGGGUUCAAAACUCUUCACGUGAUUUGGAUGAAAAUGGAAAAUUACUUGGUUGUCAUGUCAAGAACUAAUCAUGUCUUACACCUUUUUACAUAAACAUUUGUCUUUUGCAAAAGUUUAAAUUGUACAUAAUAAAUUCACUGCAAAUGACUGUGAACUGCUUGAUGGCUGAAAAAUCUGACCACCGCAUUUUGCAAGGCCCAUGUUGAAGUGAUGGCGCACGCCUGCAAUUUAACUGUACUAAUGCUCUGCUCAGUUCUUUAUUUUUUUUUUUGCUUUGAUCAGUCCUACUGAAAAAUACCAUCACCAACUUAACCAAAAACAGUGGGUCACUUGUUUACUAAGCAAAAAAGGAUCAGUUCCAAGUAGGUGUUUUCAUACAAUUCUGUUUUUUUUCCUCAUUUUGUGUGUUAAUUUUCAGUGUUCGUUUCCACUGUAACAAUGCUAG